UUGACCUGCUGAGUGGACUAAAGAUGGGGGAGCAAGGUGGUUGGCUGGAGGCUAACAGAGGAGACUGGGCAGCCAUCUUGGAUCCCCAGACCCAGACUGGUGCAGCCAAGGGCCCAGGGGAAAUCAUCACUGAGCAGGCCAGGACCAGAGGUGACAUAGUGGAGUCUGCAGUCCAUGAGGACCUGCUGAUAUCUGGUGUUGCUGGCAGGAUAGACUGGCCCUCUGAGGUGGCUGGUCACAAGCCCUGGCUCCUGAUCAGGACCCUGAACCAGGAGCCGACGCUCUUCCUUCCCGAGUCGGAACCGGGACCGAACCGCGAGGGACCGAGACUCCACCAACACACAGAACACAACCAGUGGACAGGUAGACUGAACAACCUCAGUCCUAGUGGUCAUCAGAAAGACAGAGGUUCCAGUCAGGGAUCCAGUCUGCAGCCCAGACCCUUCUCUUCACAGUCUCAGUGCAGGGAUGAAGCAGGACCUGGGGCUGAUAGAGAUAGACCCUCCUGUUCCUAUGAUACAAACACCACAGUAUCCAUAAAGAACGGAGCAGGUCAUCCUGGGCUUCAGCUUUCACAGAGAGUGGUGGGAGACCCCCCUGGUGGUAGUCUAGCAGCAAGUAUGUCUUCUCCUUCAGGGUCUUGUCUAAUGCCUAGUGACUGGGUUCAUAGAAGUCCUGGGUCUGGACCUGGGUCUAGCCUUCCUCAGCUACCUCAUAGUUACCCCACCAAUACAGACAGGGUCAGGAUGGGCGUUCACCACCAGAGGUACCUAGCCUAUAACACAGCACACAAUCCCAACAACACCCAAACAAUGGCUAGAGGUCAAGGAGGGAGCUCAAAGACUAACCACCUGAGGGUGGUGGCUCCUGCUUCUACCUCCACUGGUGUCAUUGGGUCACAACAUGGGAGACCGAGCGUUAGCACGGACGCAGACAAGCCAUACGCCUGCCCCACGUGUGGGAAGCGCUUUGCUAAGGCGACCUAUAUGAAGAAGCACCAGACCAUUCACAUCAAGGAGAGGCCCUUCAAGUGUAAACUGUGUUACAAGAGCUUCUCAUUCCUGAGUUACCUUAUCAGACAUAGGAGUGUCCACAACAAGGAUAAAUCGUAGCAGUGUGGCUUGAGAUGUACACAGGGGAUAUCUAGAAACUAUUAUUUAGCUAUAAUAUUAUAGUUAUCAUGUGAAAUAACCUGGAGUUUUGGGGGGGAGGAUUACUAAGUCCCUCAGUUGAGCAUCUGUGCACGCUCACAUUCUCACAUGAUACAGACUUGUUGUUUGGUGUGCUGGCAUAGCCAAAACACUGUCACUAUAUUUCCCCUCUGAAUUAGGUUUUGCCUAUGGUCUAUUCAUAACAAAUAUUACCCUGGUCUUGUGACUGGGGUGAAAUAUUAAUGAUCAAACGAAUGUGCACCUGUACUUCAUAUUCCUGACUGACUGGUCUCUACAAACUGGGGAGUGUAUGUCCUUUUAACUUCUGUUUAGGAGGGUAAUUAACCACAUACCUCUCAUUAACCCUUUGUUAACUUGUCAUUUGAAAUGGGCUUGUGUAAAUACCUGUUUUUAGAGACAGUAAACCUAGGCUAGAACAAUGACUGUUUUAAUAUUUACCUUACUGAGGUGAUGGAAUAAAGCCAUUCUAUUAUUUUCUACUCUA